UUGAAAAAGUCGGAGUGGAAUCCAUUGUGGUGUGCGGAGCGGCUCGGGAGCGACGCCGAGGGGCACGGAGCGCACAAAGCGCUUGCUGCUGGAACCGGGACAAGCCAAGGCGCAGCAAUUCAGAUGCUCGAACCACGAUGGUCGCGUGAACGCGGCCGGCGCGGAGCGCGCGGAAACAUCUGUCCGGGGGAGAGCGGAGGGAGCGCGUCCCCGACGUCGGUUUUACCGGCGUCGCCGUCCGGCGUGACCGGAGCCGCUUGAGUUUUUCGUGACAGUUUUUGCACUCGCCCGGUGGCAAUUGUGGAUUCUCACCAUGACCUUGCAGACAGCUUGAGAAAUUGAAGCAAAUGGAUUUCCAAGCUCUAGGUUUUUUGACGUUCCUGAAGUGGUACUGCCAUGAUGAUCAAUAGAUGAUGACAAUGAUGAUGAGAAUGACAGUGAAUGGGCCCAUGGCGAUGAUGGACUAGUGACGACUUGCACACUUCAGUCACAGCCCCUCCUCAUGCUAUGCGAGAACAUGCUUCGUUUUGUCUCCCUCAAGUUUGGCCGUCUGUACAGGUGCCUCAAGUUCCUGUUUGUUGUGGGCCUUUUUGUGGUUUUGCUGAUGAACACACACAACCUGUUUGUGUCCUUCCAGAGGAAUGAGCUUACUGACCGCCGCUUCAUCAACCUCAAUAAGUGCCCGGCCUGCUUUGGUACCAGCUGGUGCCGCAAAUUCAUGAAUGGUCAGGUGUCCUUUGAGAGUUGGGGAAGGCUGCGACUUCUUGACUAUUUCAAUGUCAAAAAUGUCUACUUUGCACAGUAUGGGGAGCCAAGAGAGGGCACCCGGCGCAUUGUCCUAAAACGCUUGGGCUCCAACCAGGAACUGGCUGACAUCGAUCAGAAAAUAUGCAAGCGUGCCACGGGGCGGCCACGCUGUGACCUCAUCCAGGCCAUAUACAGGACUGAAUUUGCACGCCUCAAUGGCGAUGUCAGGUUGCUCACUCCCGAUGUGGUGGAGGGGUGGUCCGAUCUGGUACACUGCCCCUCCCAGAGACUGCUGGACAGAUUAGUGCGGAGGUAUGCGGAGACUAAAGACUCAGGGAGCUUCCUGCUGAAGAAUCUGAAGGACACUGAGCGCAUGCAACUUUUGAUGACUUUGGCUUUCAAUCCAGAACCCUUGGUUCUUCAGAGCUUUCCUUCUGACGAGGGCUGGCCCUUUGCCAAGUACCUGGGUGCAUGUGGGCGUAUGGUGGCAGUGAACUACGUGGGUGAGGAGCUCUGGAGUUUUUACAGCGCUCCCUGGGAGAAGCGUGUGGACCUCGCCCGGCAGCUGAUGGACAUCGCUGAGCAGCUCACCAACAAUGACUUUGACUUUGCGCUCUACCUCCUCGAUGUGAGCUUUGACAACUUUGCUGUCGGACCUCGAGAUGGCAAGGUUAUUGUCGUGGACGCUGAAAAUAUUAUUGUGGCGGAUAAAAGGCUGAUAAAGCAGAACAAGCCGGAGAACUACGACAUAUGGUACGAGAGCAAGUUUGAGGACUGUGAUAAGGAGGCAUGUCUCUCCUUCUCCAAGGACAUCCUUUGCUCACGUGUUACUGUCGACCACAACUACUAUGCCAUAUGCCAGAACUUGCUAUCCAGGUAUGCCACAUGGCGAGGCACCACAGGGGGUCUCCUGCAUGACCCCCCUGGUGAUGUGGCUAGAGAAGGACAACUGGAGGCCUUGCUGGAUGAGUGCGCUAAUCCCAAGAAGCGCUAUGGCCGGUUUCAGGCUGCUAAAGAGCUGCGGGAGUAUCUAACUCAGCUUAGUAACAGUGCUAGGUAAUAAAUUGGGACUUGCUUGGGGGUGGCUGUGCUCUCUAAAUUCAACAUGGCAGCAAAUGAAACUAUUUUCUUCCAAUAUAUUGGAAAUAGCAGGGAGAAUAAGGUCAAAUUCAUUUGUUUUGCAUUUCAGUUUUCAUUUGUUUGUGGAAGAGAAUAGAUAUGAAGUAAUUAAAGUUUGCACUUGCUGCCGCACCUCCGUGGCUACAUGUAGAAGGGUGGUCAUGUUAACUAGAAUAUAUGUUGGAAAGGGAAUCACCUGGUUCAUACACAGGCUGGAGGGCACUCAUGUUGUAGAUUGUACCAUGAUCUCAUGAGGACCUUUGAACCUACCCCGCCUGUUGAAAGGGAUUCCGUGAGGAUGUUCUGAACUACUUUGUUUGAAGGAGAAUGUUUUGUGUGUGUGUGUGUGUGUGUGUGUGUGUGUGUGUGUGUGUGUGUGUGUGUGUGGGUUUUUUUUUUUUUUUGAAUUGUGGCAGAGAAACUGCUGAUAGGUGGUCACUGGGAGGGAGCGCUGAAGCUGCUCGCACUUAGGGUAUCCUUGAACAUGGCAAUCAACCUAUAGGAGAGGUAGACUAAAUUAGGAGUAUUUAUUGGUUAAUAGGAGUAGAAGUUUCUACGGGAUUGUAAAUGUCCAUAUAUUGUAAAAUAUUGUGCAUAUGCCAAAGAAACUGAAUACAUGGAACUCAAAACCCUGGUUUGGAACAACUCAAUUUCUUGAACAUAAUCUCUUAAAACUAUGAACUGAGGACAAGCAAGAGACUCUUCAGUACAGUAAACUUCUCCCCCUGUUUUAGUCUCCAGUAUUCUACUUAUGUUUAUUGAAGGACAUUUCAGGGAAAAACAACACUAAUUAUAAAUCCCCUCCCAUUUUAAAUAUUUUUUUUAAGUUUGCAGAGUUUUA